UCUUACUCGAAAAGCUUACUCAAAGUAGUAGAAGAACAACCUGUUGUAUAGUACUUUUACUUACAACGACAAGAAAAAGAUGUCGUUUUCCCAAGUGGCUCCUCCUGGUUCAGAACUACAGCAAAUGGUAGACUUUUCGUCUCCGUCGGUUGUUACUGAAACAACCGUAGUACACGAUUUCGGUGGACCUCAGAGCGACGACCUCUUAUGGACUUGUGCUGUCUCUGCACCAGAAGUAGGUCUGAUUGCCGUGAACAGACAGAACCAAGGUAUCGCAGUUUACCGCUACUGUCCGAGUUUGGAGCCACCAGCGACUCCUCUGAAUCGCAGUCGCAGUGUAUCACGAGUCCAAGACUUGGUAGCGCAGGCGGCGAAUCAUGGUAGUAAUGCGGCGGCGAAGAUCGUUGGUGGAGGCACGACGAUCAGUGGAGGUAGCACCUCCUCAUCUUCGUCUCGCCCUAGUAGCAUGGUUAGUCGCACGAAAUUAGAGCAAACAAAGACGGCCGUCCUACGCUUUGAGCAGACAGAAGAUGAUUUUGUAGCUGGUUUGCCACCAACAAGUACAAGUAGAACAUUGACUAGAGAAAGCUCUGGAAAGAAACGAAGUAACGGAGGUGGCUUUUUCGGAAGAUUUGGAGGUGGGCAGACCAAGUCCUCAAAUGAAGGUAGCUCGACUUCUUCUAAAAAGGAGGACGUUGCUGGUUUUCAGUUCUACUGCAGUAUCGAUUUAUCCCAGGAGGCUAGCAGAACCGUAAGGUCUCUCGAUUUCUGCCCUUCCACACUACCAAAUGGAGGCGUGUUGCUUGCUUGCGCAACCUUCGACGCUGUAACCGUGGUGUUGAAGCAUCUGCCCAAAGGGCCGACAUUGUUGGCUGCGGGUAGUGGUGCUAACCCAGGAACGCUUCAGAAGCCAGCGCCAAGAACGAGCAUUUACGAGGACUGCGAAGUUGUGCCUUCUAUGCCGCACAGUUGCCCUCCAUGGACAGUGUAUACUCGGUUACUGUCGCACGACAAUGAGGUAAAGUGCGUGCGCUUUUCGCCUUUCGGGAGUUACGUCGCGACCAGCGGACGCGACAAGGCGAUCUACAUCUAUCGUGCAGGGGAUCCGGAUGAGUGUCUGGCGCAUUUUGCGGACCACACAGGAGACGUGAAAUUCUUGACGUGGCGUCCAAACCGAGAAGACGAACUCAUCUCUUGCAGUUUCGACGCGACUAUCCGAGUUUUUCGUUCCCUGCCGAACCAGCCUGACGACUGGUUCUUAGUGGACACUUUGGAGAGUGAACAAUUCAGUCCGAUCAGUUUGCUGAGAGGACCACUCAGUGUUUCUCCAACAUAUCAACAAGACGCCGCGCUGAACAACAUCGUCUGGAGUUUGGCCUACAAACCUGAUGGAAAGGCGUUUGCAAGUGGAGGACAGGAUGGACGAGUGCUCUUCUGGCGUGAAGUCGCGGACAGCAGUGACGAGAAAUGGACUGCGAAGCAGCCUUUAGCAGGAAGUAGCCCUAUGGAAGAUGUCGCGACGGAUCUUAUGCUCAUGGGGUACUGCUUACAUUUUGAUCAAAUAUGAUUUUGAUCAGCUGACUUUCUACUAACUACAUCUUUCUGCAACUUCGAACGUAGAUGUAGAUCUUAACGACCUACUUACUACAUCUAGAUGUAGUUGGUUCUCAUCGAUAUUUGAACUUAUGGUUGGCAACGUUGUAGUUUAAGUGCAUUGGGCAGUUAUACUUGUAUCAUGUGUAUCAACCCUGAAAAAUAAAUAAAACAACAGUCCCUUCACCGGCUUGGCGCAAGUGACAUCUGGUGCAUUUUCUCCAGCCGAAAGGAUAGCACCGACUUCCAAGAAAGCCUCAGCUAGAAGAGAGCAGGAUGACAGUCCGUACAUGGAACGUGCACGUCGUAUGAUAGCAGAAGCUGAAGCUGCACGAAAACAAGAGCUACAACUUGGAGACGACGGAGGAGGUGCGAUAGAUCAUCGACUACAACCAAUAACUGGAGGAGGAAGUUCUUCUUCUAGCUCUUCCUCUACAACGAGAAGUAUCUGGCAAAAAAUGAAGACUGUAGGUUCCACAAUCACGACGUUGGGCAGUGCUGGUUCUAAGUUCUUUGAUAAGAGAGCGGAGAACCAGCACGAAACUUCUACUGGUUCUCAAGACAUCGAACGAAGGAAGGAUCUAGAAACUCCGCUAACCAGUCGAUGGGUUGCAGACUUCGCGAUUGAUGGUAUCUAUUGGAAUUUUUUUCCGUGGUGAUUGAUUCAUUCUCGAGUAUCUACGAGUAGAACUACAUUGUAAUCAAUGAAUUACGAAAGCCAAAGCGUUUCCUUUUGCACCUUACAUUGUAAUCAAUGAAGUACGAAAGCCAAAGCGUUUUGUACCGUAUGCGAAUGACACUUUCCCCAAAACAUCAAACAGGUCUGCACGAGCACAGUAUUUACAGCCUUUCCUGGAUUCGCACAUUAGAUGGGAGCAAUGUUCUGUGCACAGGGUGUGGUGACAACAUGAUUCGCUUUUUCCUUUUGGAUAGUAACGACGAAGUAGCUUUUGGGGAUGUACAUCUACAUGGAGCAGGGAACGGGAAGGGGAACAAGUUGCUAGGGUCCAAUUGCACAAAAGCUGUGGUAGCAGAGCAGUCUUUCACUCAGGCGAACGUCGCACAGCAAGACUGGGACCACAAAUGGAGUGACAGACUCCACUACAAACCUCUGCGCGAUAGAGUCCAGACUGUAUCAACUCAAAUUCUUGUCAUCACAGGAGCAUCUACAUCCCCUAUCAGUGGUGCUCGUCGUGCCCUUCAUCAAAUACAAGAAGAAGAAAAUGAAGCGGCUGCUCAACAUAUUGGAAAUGGAUCUUCAUUAGUCCAAAACGUGGGGAAUGGGGUUCUUCAAAAUGGAAGUGGACACGAACAAGAGCACAAUAAAGCACCAACAGCUGCACUUUCCUCUAGAAGAACGCGCUCGCCGUUGCGAGGUCACCGAUACCGUCUCCUACAUGAAAUGAACCAACAUAUGAACGACGUUCAUUGCGUAAACGCCUGUGAAAACUGGAAUGGACACCGCUACCUCUUCUCGGUAGGCGAAGAUGGCCGCUUCCUCGUGUCUGAGUGGGACAUGAAGAAUGGAAGCUAAAAAGGCCUGACAUUUGUCUACCAUCCACUAUGAUGUGUGUCCACCAACUUGAUCUUCGAAGCAGGGACAAUUUCAUACUGAUAUCGGCCAUACGUUGAAGCACUUAAGUACUUCAUCCUCCUCUCCCUGUUUCUCUUUUUCUGCCUUUUGAUCAGCGGCUGGUCCGUCAACUACAACAUGUUUGAA